GUUUCCCUGCCUGAUGGACACAUUGUGUGCCUCCAAUGGCAGCAAGCACUGGCUGGAUUUGGCAGCUCCUGAGCCUGCAGUAUAAAAGCAAGUAGAGGCAGCUUGCUGCUUCAUUCUGAGCUCAGGCAGCUGCUUAGAGAAAGAAAAGGAAGGGAGGUAGUCAAGCAGGCAGAGAGAUCCCUUAGUGUGUGUUUUCUGUACCCUGGAAGUCGGGCUCUCUCCCAGCAUGAAAGCUUUCAGUCCUGUCAGAUCCGUCAGGAAAAACAGCCUCUCUGAACACACCCUGGGAAUAUCCCGGAGCAAAACCCCCGUGGAUGAUCCUAUGAGUUUGCUAUACAACAUGAACGACUGCUAUUCCAAACUGAAAGAGCUAGUGCCCAGCAUCCCUCAGAACAAAAAAGUGAGCAAGAUGGAAAUUCUGCAGCACGUUAUUGACUACAUCCUGGACCUGCAGAUUGCUUUAGACUCACACCCCAGUAUUGUCAGCCUCCAUCACCAGAGACCAGGACCAAAUCCUUCCUCCAGAACUCCUCUGACCACCUUAAACACAGACAUCAGCAUCUUGUCAUUACAGACAUCUGAAUUCCCUUCAGAAUUAAUGUCAAAUGACAGCAAAGCACUUUGUGGCUAAAUUCAAUGGUGUUUGCUGACUUUUCUUUCCCCCACAAGAAAAUGUCUACAGGAUUUUUUUUUUUUUUUUUGAGGUGCUGAACUUAUUUUUCAGCUGUAUCUGGAGGGGGAAUCUACAUCUAAUUAAAUGGACCUUUUAAAACUAAUGAAGAAGAAAAGAACUGAGAUCUCUCCCCCCCUCCCCAACUUGGACUGAUCUUAGCUAUUUAUGAAGAGACUUUAAAUGCCCUUUCCCUAGUUGGAAGGUGUCCUUUAUAUACUAUUCCCAGCAUGGGGAGUGAAACAUAAAAACUCACAAGGAAUUGCCCAUUUUAAAGCAGACUUUGCCUUUUAUUCCAAAGGUGGAGCGUGAGUAUCAGGAGGAUCCAGUGUUCAGUUUCUUAGGGAAGUCCAUGGUCAGAAAUGACCUUUUGAUGCAAGCCUAGGAUUGAAUACUGUGUAUAUAUUUAUAUAUAAAUAUAUAUAUAUAUAUAUAUAUGAGAGUGAAACCUUGUGAACUCUUUAAUCAGAGUUUUCUUGUAUAGUGGCAGAAAUGUACAUUUCUGCAAAAAGUGUAAUGAUGUACUUAAUCAUGCUAAACUUUUUAUAAAAGUUUAGUUGUAAACUUAACCCUUUUUAUACAAAAUAAAUCAAGUGUGUUUAUUGAAA